AUGAUUGCUUAUUCCUAUCCUGGCAUGUAUAUUAGGUAAUUGUGCAUAUAUAUCAUAUUCACACAUAAAAAGUUAUUGCAGUGGUGCCUGGGGGGGGGGGUCAAUUUUCCCCAGGCCCCCAAAUAGUGAGAAAACCAAAUAUUUAGAAGGUAGUUAGUAUAGUAUUAGGGGCCCACAGAAAAUAUUUUGUCCAUGGCCUGUGAAUUAUCCCGGCUGCCUGCUAAUUGCCACUAAUAAACCUUAUAAUGUAUAAUGACGUCACAAGGAUUGAUGCCCGCAUGGAAUGCUGGUUAUAGUUUUCAUCGCUCAAGAAAAAUUAAACAAUCAAAAUGGCCAAUAGCAAAAUUUUCCCGGGCGAUGAUUACUAAGACCCGCAUUCCUUGCGGGAAUCGAGCCUUAUGACGUCAUUAUGCAUACAGUCUAUUGUCUGUGAGGUGUGGAUAUACCUAUAUCCUAUUAUAAAUAUGGCAAUGGAUCAUAUUUAAAUAUUUAAUAUAUAUUCACACUUUCUUUCUUAAUAUUUAAUAUAUAUUCACACUUUCUUAAAGAUCAUAUUUAAAUAUUUAAUAUAUAUUCACACUUUCUUAAUAUUAGGCACAUUAUUGCAGCAGUUCACUUCAAGCAUAACCUGAACAGGAAAGUGGUAACAAAUUCAGAUGGUUCAGAGCAGCUUGUAGUGGUCUACCCCAAAUUCAAGAAUGGUGAAGCUACCGUCCGGGAUGUAAAAGUUGCUGCAAACAUUUGUAAGUAUGUGGUUCUGGAAGUCAUAUUUUUAGUUGAUGAAGGGAGAGCAUUUAUGCCCAAAUUUCAGAAGUUUUUGACAGCUGGGUAGAUUUUUUUUAUGUACAGUAAUCCAGAUAAUUUUUAUGAGCAAAUAGCAGUAAAUAUUUUUAAAUCAAUAGUUUAGGUAUAUAUAAUAAAUUACAUUCUCUGAUCAGGCCAUGUUGAAGAUAUGUAUCAAACCUUGCUGGAUGCUCAAAGGAAAGGCGACCUUGAAGAAGAGAAGGGCAAAUUGAAGAAGAUGACUCCUGAGCCAAUAAACACAAUGCUGACCAAGCAACCACGAGAUGAGGCCAUAAAGAAAAGAAAAGAAAAGAAAGGAUAG